GGGAGCGCAGGCGGAAGAGCUCCUUGUCCCCUCGCUCCGUGUGUCCCAGUCUGGUGGCACCAGAGAUCCUGCACCAUGGGUGAGCGCAAGGGCACCAACAAGUACUAUCCCCCUGACUUCGACCCGGCCAAGCACCGCUCCCUCAACAAGUACCAUGGGAGCCACCCGCUGCGGGAGCGUGCUCGGAAGCUGGCACAGGGCAUCCUGGUCAUCAGGUUCGAGAUGCCCUUUAACAUCUGGUGUGAUGGCUGCAAGAACCACAUUGGAAUGGGCGUCCGCUACAAUGCAGAGAAGACGAAGGUUGGAAACUACUACACAACACCCAUCUACAGGUUCCGGAUGAAGUGCCACCUGUGUGUGAACCACAUCGAGCUGCAGACGGAUCCCGCGGGAUGCGACUAUGUAAUCGUCAGCGGUGCCCGGCGCAAGGAGGAGCGCUGGGACAUGGCUGAGAACCAGCAAGUGCUGCCCACCGAGCGGGAGGCACGGGAGCGGCUGGCAUCCGAUGCCAUGUUCCGGCUGGAGCACGGCGCCAAGGACCGGGAAUGCCGGGAGCGGGCGGGGCCGGGGCUGGCGGCGCUGCAGCACUUCCAGAGCCUCUGGAAGGACGACUUUGGGAUCAACUGCCGCUUGCGGAGCCACUUCCGGGAGCAGAAGCCGCCGCGGGAGGAGCCUCGCCCGGGGCUCGGCAUCGCGCUGCUACCGGAGGAGCCGCAGGACCGGCGGGUGGCGGCGCUGCUGGCGCUGCAGAGCCCGCUCUCCUACGAGGACAAGCAGAGGCAGAAGCGCACCGAGAUCUCCUCCCGGCCCUGGUUCCCCGCGGCCACCGGAGACCCCCCACGGAAACCGGCGCCGGGGGGGGGGACACCGCGGACCCCCCCCCCUACCCGCAGCACCCUCGGCAUCAUCCGCAGGGGUGACCCCCCUGCCGGCACCCCCCCAAAGCACAGCGCGGAGCCCCGGGGGGGGGCUGAGCACGGGGGGGGCUGGCAAAGCACCCCCACAACGUCCCUGGUUGCUGAUUAUUCCGACUCCAGCUCCGACAGCUCCUGAGGGGGACAGGGACCUC